AUGUACAUUUUUCUCUCCCACCUCUCUCUGUGUGACAUCAUGAUUAUCACAAAUGUGGUCCCGAAAACUCUUCAAGUCCUUGUUACAGAGAACUGUCGCAUAUCACUUCAAUCAUGUUACACACAGAUGUAUUUUUAUGGAUUCUCCACCACUACAGAAUGUUUCCUAUUGUCUGUAAUGUCUUAUGAUAGAUAUUUGGCCAUCUGUGACCCUCUGCACUACUCAUCUACUAUGAAACACGGUCUUCCUCAGAUCUUGGCUACAGUUUGCUGGUUGAUUGGCUUUUUCUUCGCUGUGAUCACAGAUAUUUUCAUACUUGCAUUGGACUUUUGUGGUUCAAAUGUUAUAGACCACUUUUUCUGUGAGCUUACUCGUGUUCUAGAACUUUCCUGUUCUGACACCAAAAUGAUUGACAUUUGUGUCACUAUUUUCUCUAUAAUUGGAACUGUUCAGGUAGUCUUCGUCAUUGUCACUUAUAUUUGUAUCUUUACAUCCAUUCUUCAAAUGUCUUCCAUCACUGGCCGCCAGAAGAUCUUCUCAACCUGUAGCUCUCAUUUGGCGGUGGUUUCUAUUUAUUAUGGGACCCUCACUGCACUUUACGUGGCACAAACUAGAAGGCACUUUCAGACACUUAACAAAGUUUUAUCCCUUUUAAACACAGUCAUCACUCCAUUACUAAACCCAAUUAUUUACAGCCUGAGGAAUAAAGAAAUACGGCUUGCCUUGAUCAAAAUCUUCAAAGAGAAACCUAUUAAAUGCUAA